AUGGCUCCCAAGACCGACUUCCCUCCCGUGCGGGCCUGCCUGUUUGACAUGGACGGCCUGCUCCUCGACACCGAGGACCUGUACACGUUGUGCGUCAACAUGGUGCUGGAAAAGUACGGCCGGUCGCCAAUGCCGUGGUCAGUCAAGGCACGGUUGCAAGGCCGACCCGGCCCCGCGGCCAACCAGAUCUUUAGCGACUGGGCUCAGCUGCCCAUCUCUACGGAAGAGUACAAGGCGCAGCUCUCCGUCUUUCAGGAGCAAUUAUUCGGCACCGCCAAGCCCCUGCCCGGAGUCCCCGCGCUCUUGAAGCAGCUCGAUGCGACAAAAGGGGCCGGCGCGCCGUCAGCCGACGCCGUGGGGAAGCCGCACACUGUACACAUUGCGCUCGCCACAAGCUCGCACCGCAGAAAUUUUGAUCUCAAGACGACGCACCUGCAGGACCUCUUCUCCGUGUUUCCCGAGGAGCGCCGCGUCAAGGGCGACGACACGCGUCUGCAGCCCGACCGCGGCAAGCCCCUGCCCGACAUCUUCCUGCUGGCGCUGAAGACCAUCAACGACUCACUACCUGCCGGGGAAAAGCCCAUCACGCCGGAGGAGUGUCUCGUCUUUGAGGACUCGGUGCCCGGUGUGGAGGCUGGUCGCCGGGCGGGCAUGCGUGUCAUCUGGUGCCCGCAUAAGAUGCUCAAGAAGGAGUACGCGGGCCGCGAGGCGCAGGUCCUGGCUGGGCGCACGGGCGAGGCCGGCGACGUCGACCUGCACCAGCUGGGCGAGGUGGACGACGGCUGGGCCGAGUACCUCGAGACGCUAGAGGAUUUCCCCUACGAGCGCUACGGCAUUGUCAUCCCCAAGGCAUAG